AAUGAGUUUAAGAAGAAUGAGAAGUGGAGGAGUACAUGCAGAUUCUGAAUAAGAUUAUAUAAAUGUAUUUAAUAGAUAUCAUUAUUUAAUUAGAAAAUUGCAAAAAUGGAAAAAUAAUAAAAAAGAAGGACCUAUGUAUAAGAAACUGAAACUAUUGAAGGUUUUAUUAUGAAUUCUUAAUUUACAUUUGAUUGCUUUGGAGGAAAUUAAAUUUUAAAGACAACUUAACAAUCUCAUUUCAUCCUAAUUAUGAUAGAUGAUUUAACUCUAAGUCCAAAGAGACUCUAAAAUAUGAUUGAAAACAGUAAACUGUUUUUGUUUAUGUAUUCUAGCAGAUAAUAGUGAAACAAUGACAUAAAGUACAAAUGAUGAUUCAUUCGUUUGGAGUUCUCAACCUAUGAAUUAUGACUGUAUAGUACAUAAUUACAGUGUAGGUGAAGUAAAUCAUUUGUUUAAUUUAUGGAUAAUAAAUACACCUGCUAUAAAUUAGAUAUUUAAAUGUAUGAAUAAUUAUUUAUUAUUUACUUAGAGUGUUAUUUUAAAUUGUUUGAAGCCUUUAUAUGUAUAAACAAUAGAAGAAAUACAAUUUUUAAGGAAGUGUAUGAAGAAAUGUAAUAGUAUAAUGAUAAGGUUCAGUAAUUUCAUAUAAAAGAAAAUGAUGAAGUAAUAUAAAUUUUGAAAUAAAUAGGGUUCACCCGAUCGUAAAUAGAUUAAUAAUUUUUAAUAAAUUCUAAAAACUUUGAUUGAUUCGACAAUGAAAUGAU